UCCCGUUCCCGUUCUUUCAGAUGGCCCACUUAGUGGGCAAAGUCGGUGAAAAGACAAAACAUGCUUCUGAACUCCUUCCUUCUCUUUUCCCAGCAAAUGCAUUCUCUGCUACGCAGUUUCCUCGCUACCUCCUUUCUUUAUAUGCAACUCAUCUCCAUCUUCGCUGCAUAAUGCAGCUACAAUUAGAUUAGCCUUUUGUUUUUCAAGCAUUUCUGCAUCAAGCCAGGUUUUAUUUUCCUGAUUUCUGUUCGCCUCGAUUUAUAGCCAAGCCUGCCUUUGCCCGUGAAGCAUUUCAGAUUCCAAACGGCUUACAUCGGUAUUCUUUAGUGUUUCUAUUUGUAUCUAAUGGCAACCUCUUCUGUCCCCGCUAGACAACCCAAUUAUGACCAUGGCCUACGAAAUGCUUUUGAUGCCAUAGCUCCUGCUUCAACUUCUGAUUCCUUCGCAAAGAAACACCUGCCCUACGAUGUCUUUGUAAGUCAUCACGGAGGAGACGUUAAACAUAGCUUAGCCGACACUAUCUACAAGGCCUUAGAUUCUACUGGACUUAGGGUUUUUUUGGACAAAGAUGAACUGAAACUUGGAGAUUUUUUCCCUAAUGCUUUAGAAGAAGCAAUGCGUAGCGCUUCUAUUCACAUAGCUAUUUUUUCUGAGAAUUAUGCAAACUCCCCUUGGUGUUUGGCUGAGCUGGCAUUUAUGAUGCAAACCGGCAUCAAGUUUAUACCCAUUUUCUAUCAUGUUGAGCCCUCUGCUUUAAGAUGGGCGAUUGAAGGAAAAGGAAGUUAUGCAGGCGCCUUCCACAACCAUGAAAUAAAGGGCAGCUAAACCUAAAAUACUGUUCCUCUGUAUUUUUUGGUGGAUGCCCGUUUGGCUGUAAAUAGUAACUAAUUAAUUUAAAAAACAAAUAUUAUUCCUCAAUUAUUAUUAUUAUAUCUUUUUUCACUUGCCAUGAAUGAGAGUUGAGCUACGUUUGUUCUAUUGUGCUUGCAUGUUGUUCCGUCUGAGCAGAUACAGCUCAGAGCAGCUUCAAAUCUGGAAGUGCGCUCUCCAGCAAGCUUCCUGGUACACUGGCGAGGAAAUCAAUAAUCAGGGUGACGAGGACAAGGCAGUGACAGAUGUGGUGAAUAGUGUAUUAAAAGAUUUAAAGGAUGAGCUUAGAAGUUGCCAUGUAUCCCGUUGGUUUGGAUGAACUUGUCCGGGACUUCGAGAAUACACUUCAAUCUGCUGGGCCAGCAAAAAUUGUGGGAAUCUUCGGAAUGGGUGGUGUGGGCAAAACCACCCUUGCAAAGGAACUCUAUAACAGAAAAGUCUCGACCUUUGAUAGGUCAAGUUUUGUUUUUGAUGUUAGUGAGGCUGCAAGAAAGGGGAGAUUGCACGAGAAACAAAAGAAGCUUCUGAAGGACCUGGACCUUGAAGGCAAAUACAUAGAUUUUGACAAUGUAAAGGAAGGCAAAGAGAUUCUAAAAAGCCGUUUGAGAUCCGUUCCUAUGCUUAUAGUUUUAGAUGAUGUGGAUGAUCCAGACCAACUAAAUGCUCUAUUGCCAGCAAGGGAGAGCCUGGGCCAGGGAAGUCAGAUUAUUGUUACCACACGCCACUUGGAUGUUCUUACAGCGUCUGGCAUCUCCACUACAUAUGAAAUGAGACCACCGAAUCCCCCUCAUGCCGAGCAGCUUUUUUCUUGGCAUGCAUUCCGACAACCAUCUCCAUUGUCGGGAUUCGAGGAUCUUACAAAAAGUUUCAUAAAUGCUUGCCAAGAUCUGCCUUUGUCACUUGCGGUCUUAGGAAGUCUGCUCUAUGGGGAGCCUAGCAAGAAUAUUUGGCAGUCUCAAUUAAACAAAAUAUUAAAAAUACUGCCAGAGGAUACCAAAUCGAAACUCAAAAUAAGCUAUGAUGCUCUAGACAAAACAGAGAAAGAUAUGUUUUUGGUUGUCGCGUGUUUCUUCAUUGGAGAAAAACGUAGUCUGGCCAUUGAAGUAUGGGACGCGUUAGGGUGGAAUGGUCUGCAUGGUUGGCGAAGGCUUGUGGAUAAAGCUCUUGUUGUAGUAGACCAUGAGAAUUGCAUAAGAAUGCAGAAUGAUUUGAGAGAUUUUUGAAGGGAGAUUGCAAAUCAACAGGCACCCUAUCGCCUUUGGUCUCCACAACAGAUUAUCGAGAUUCAACCUCACCAGGAAGCAGUACCAAUCCAUGGAAUAGUAAACGCAUUUGGUCCCAAUUGUUACCCCCGGCAAGGAAAGAUCAUACUUAACACAAGCCAAGGAGCGCGUAGCCUCGCGCCCUGUUCGCUUGGAUUGAAGAUUUAUGCUGGUAAUGGAGAUUUUAUUACUGAGGAUUGUAGCGAACAAUCAAGAGAACUGGUCUGGCUCCGCUUGGAAAGAUUCAAGGGCAAAAAUUUCCAUCGUGGCUUUCAUCCCAAAAUUUAAGAAUUUUGGAACUUUUGGACACUUGGGAGUUAGAAGAUUUGUAGCACAGUAAUAAUGCUUCUUCGCAGUUAAGAGAGUUGGUUAUUAAGGGAGCCCGCAAAUUGGAGAAGAUAGAAAAUAUAAAAAGUCUGAGAUCACUGAAGAUGCUAAAGAUAGAAAACUGUUCAGGAUUAUAUUGGCUUCCAAGUCUUGCAGAAUUAAGUUCUCUAAAAAAUCUUGAAUUGGAAAACUGUUUAAAGUUAGAGAAGAUAGAAAGUUAAAAAAAUCUCAGAUCACUGAAGAAGCUCAAGAUAUGCGACUGUCCAAAUUUGGAUGGGCUUCCAAGUCUUGCAGACUUGAUUUCCCUAAAGAAGUUUGUAUUGAAAAGGUGUGACAUAUUGGAGAAGAUAGAAGGUUUGGAAAGCUCGAGAUCAUUGAAGAUACUUCACAUAAAUAACUGUCCAGAAUUGAGAGCCCUUCCGAGUGUUGUGAAGUUAACCAUUCUAAAAGAAAUUAAAUUGAAAAACUGCUACAAAUUGGAGAGGAUAGAUGGAUUACAAUGUGUAAGGUCAUUGGAGACAUUCAUGAUAAAAGAUUGUCCUAACUUAAGACCUUAUAUUGCAUCUCGUUUUUUAUUAUUUAUUAUGGAUAUAUAUAUUUUUGAAUAA